AUAAAGUUUGAUUAAUAUUUAAAUUGAGAAAUAAAAUUGGCUAAAAAAUAGUACUUAUUCAUUUUUUAUUAUUGUUAGUUUGUUAAUGCUAAAUUCUUUGUAUUUUAAUUUUCUGAUAAUGAAAAUUAUUAUAUGGUUAUUCAUGGGCAAAAAGAAAUUAAAUAUUUGAAAAAGGAAAGGAAAAAAAAAAGAAACCGAAAAAGAGCUAGCGAGAAGCAGAAAAGCAGGAGAGAGAGAGCGGGGGGUGGAUCGGGAAGAAGAGUGAGGAGCAAAGCUUCAUCUCAGGCUCAGCAGCAGCAGAUCCCAUUAUUCCUCCUCUCUCCUAGUUCCAUCUUCAUUCCCCAGCCCAUUCCCCGUUUCGCCAUUUUUUGGUCACAUUGAACUCCCUUCGUUGGCCGCCAUUGCUGCUUCUCACCUACUCUGCCCUUUUGUUUUUCUCUCUCGGGUACUGAAGCCUCUCCUCUCUAUCGCUCGCCUAUCUGUCUGGUCUAUUUUGUUCUUUUCCUUUUCUGAUAAUCUUGUUUGGGGUGUGGUGGGUGUAGGUGUCUCCGCUAGCUAAUCGACGCUGCUUGCCUGCCUGCUUAUGAAUCUCCGUUGAUUUGAGAGAGAGAGAGAGAGAGAGAGAGAGAGAGAGAGAGAGAGAGAGGCGACUCCAUUGGCUGUUUGUUCGGGUCGGGCGACUCGCCGAAUCUCGAAUCGGUCAGUCCCUGGCCUGCCCACCUCACUGCCGCCUCGCCUCGCCUCGCCUCCCCCUUCCUUGCUUUGAGAUAUCCGACCACCCCCCAUUUCCCUCCUAGACUUCUUCUCCCACUUCCUUCACACCCAUUCCUCACUUGGAUUCCCAUUGCUCCACAAAGUAGAAAAAAGGGGGAAAAGGAACGGAAUCAAGGAAGCCGAUUUCGCUUCCUUUGCUUACUACCGUUGCCGUUGGAGGUGCUUUCUACCCCUUCCCCUUUCCCUCUAAAGCAUACCGCUAGGUUGGAAGCGGCGACGGAGCUUCAGAUACAUCUCUCUCUCUCUCUCUCUCUCCCGCCUUAGCCUUAGCCUUGCUGCAGUUAGCUAUCCCCGCCCCUGUUCUCUGUUACUAUCCCCCUAUGAAUCUGCCUCCCAUUACCAUCCAUAACACCAAACUAAUUGAUUUCUUACGACAUUUCUGCCAAUCUCCUCUGUUGGGGAAUUUUUAUAUACUUGUGUGAGAUUCAGCAUAUCAUAGUUAUCUUCCUCCUCCGACUGGGAAAUGAGGCUUCUUCUACUGCGACGUAUGGCGAUGCUGCUCCUCUCUUUGCCUUUCCUGUGCUCCCUCCACCUGCUGCAUAGUACAGCGCAGCAAACUCCCCGCGACCUUGACGCCCUCCUCCAAGACUAUGCCUUGAGAGCAUUUGUCCGUCCAAAGACCGGCCUCACUUACGACGGCCUGCUUCCUUCCAACUUGUCCGGGAUUCAGAUUGCGGCCAUGCGCCUCAGGAGCGGCAGCUUGCGGGCCCGCGGCGUUGCCUCCUACAAAGAGUUUCAGAUACCUCAGGGAGUCAUCGUGCAGCCCUACGUGGAGCGCCUCGUCUUGGUCUACCACAAUUUGGGCAACUGGUCGCUUGCCUACUACCCUCUCCCUGGCUACAACUACCUCGCUCCCCUCCUGGGUCUCCUUGCCUACGAUGCUUCCAAUCUGUCCGCCACAAAUCUGCCGGAGCUGGAUUUCAGAGCAUCUGGCAAUCCUAUAACCAUCAGGUUCCCGGACGUCAAGCCUGCGCCUCCGGGGUCCGUACCAAAGUGCGUUUGGUUUGAUUUGAAUGGAUCCCCGAGUUUCAGCAAUGUGGUGGCCGGCGGGGAUGUGUGCUCCACCGCCCAGCAAGGACAUUUCUCUAUAGCUGUUGAGUCAGUUGCUCCAUCACCGGCGCCCGGAAUAUCACCUUCUCCAACUGGGGUGCCCUUACCUCGCGGUCAAGGGAAGAAGGGGAGUAACUCCAGCACCAAGGUUUUGAUUAUAGUAGGUUCUGUCCUGGGAGGGUGGCUGCUACUGUCACUUCUGGUGUUCCUGGUGUUGUGGCUGCGCAAGCUGAAGCGAAGGAAGAGGAUGCAGCAAAUGGAGAGAGCUGCUGAGGCUGGGGAAACCCUGCGAGUUACACCUGUUGGGCAAGCCAAAGCUCCAGUAGCAAUGGUGACGAGGACGCAGCCCAGCUUGGAGAGUGAAUAUGUGCCAUAAACUAAACCCACCCACAUCUGUUGCACAAGCCGACAUCCCACAAAUCAUUCUUGCUCAAGGUAAAAGGAUUGCUUGCUUUGCUACAGCAACUUAGAAAUUCUUCUGUGAUUGAAUUGAACCCGGCUUCUGUUUUCGACUUUCUGAUUCUUUUGUUUAAGGUAGUGGGUCUGUCGGCCUCCUUGUUGGUUAUGAUUAUGAAGUGGGUAUGACGAGAUCCAAUUCUGGUCAUGUCAUUUUGUGUAAAUGUGAUGUCACUCUAGGGGUAGAUUAGGGGUUGCUGAAUUAUGAUUCAUUGUGGUGUUGAUCGAGUUUUAAACCAAGAGGGAUUCCAUUCAUUUACAUUUGCCUAUGUGAUGAGUUUCAAUAUGGAUGCAUUUUGUUUUCAUUUGGACGAGGAAAUAAAACAUUUUUCUUGUGCAUUACGUUUCAAUGCUGCUUCCUGGAAAUGCCAACUGUCUGCAGCUGUUCAUUGUGCAAAAUAGAAAGAAAACAGAGGAGAGAAGCAGUAGGGUAGGAUGAAGGGAUUAUCAGUGCAAGCCGCAAGGACAAAAGAAGUUUGGAAUUCCAUUUCUUUAAUAAUUGUCCGGUUUAAAGUAAGUUCCCACCAUAUUAUUCUGCAUAGACUUAAACCAAGAUUAUUAGGAAUAUGGAAGCAACAAAACCAACAAACAUGCCACCACCACCAAGGCUCCACCCAACAUGCCCACUAUCAAUUACUCGUGCGCGUUGCUGCAACUGCAACUGCUACUCUUCCCUCACUUCUCUCUAUCUGUUUACAGACAUUUACAUUUUGCCAUGUCCUACGUAUUCAGAGCGCAAGCUAUCAUCACAGAAUCCAGCCCACUCUCCCACAUUCACUUCCCUUCCUGCCCAGUUUCCUGAGGCGCAUCACCCUCAGCCUCUGGCAUCUGAUCUAAAGGGACCUAACACACACAAUCAGUUCCUAGAAGAGGGCACAUCUAUUUUCUAUCAUAUGUCGGUACUUCCCCUCCCUCACUGUUAUUGUAUUCGCAUCGACAUGUUAAGUUAACAAACCUCAUGCAAACAAUGAGAUGAUGAAACAACAUGGCCACUGACCUGAAUUCAUAUGUUUGUCCGUAGACCAACAUUACACCCAUAUCAUGGAGGAAGAAAGUCUCCAGUCAAAAUAAUACUACACCAAAAUAUUCAUGGCAAUGCCACCCACACUUGGGAAACACACACGGCUGAAAUGAAAGCAACAAAUGUCUCCUAAGAUC